AUGGCUGACACCAGAGAAAAGGGACUCCAAGAUUACAGGAAAAGAUUACUUGAACAUAAAGAGAUUGACGGACGUUUAAAAGAGUGUAAGUAAUAUAUUACCUUGCCUUUGUCAAUAGUUCGGAAUAAGGCACAUAAAAGGGGUUAUCUAACUAAAAUUAGCAACAUAACCAGUAACUAAGCGGUUGUUGGCUACUAGUAACUCGCUUUGUCAUGCAGUGCCAGUAGACUCGGCCAUCGAAAUGAAUGAUCUUCACAAGCGGCUAACGCGUUAGCAAAAUGCUAGCUACAAAAACCGCUGUAACUAGCAGUAUAUUUGCUGUAGUAAGCCGUGGCAAAACAGUUUGUUAACCAGCUAUUUGCCAAGACCGCUAGCUAACAGUCAAUAUUAGUUAGAAUUUAGCUUGAAGUCAUGGAAAAACAAUAACAGACAUGAUCAGCUAACUAACAGGAACAGUAGCUAGCUAGCUAACAGUUACAUAUCUUGAUUCCAUUCGUAUCCUCUGUCUAACUGUUUUCAGUGAGGGAACAGCUCAAGGAACAGACAAAACAAUAUGAAAAAUCUGAAAAUGACCUGAAGGCCUUACAAAGUGUUGGUCAGGUAAGAUUGUUUUGUGUAUUCACACAUGAUUAUUGACCGGCAAUAUAGUGUACAAAAAGUGUGUGUCAUAAUGAAUGGAUUUGAACUACAAAUUAUUUUCAUACUUUAUGUAGAUUGUCGGUGAAGUGCUCAAACAGCUGACGGAGGAGAAAUGUAAGUUGUAGCUAACAUUAUUGCAAUCGUCCUAUUAUAUGCCUAGCUACAUCCUUAGGCAUUACAUAUUAUGGUGCGUUCGUAUAUUCACUCUGGCUAGCUACUCCGAUUUCAAAGCAGUCGUCUGUGUGUGCCAGAGCGCAGAAUAACUUGUGAAUUUACGAACGCGCAACACCCGUUGAAUAUGACCGGUGUCGGCCCAAAUAAGUAAUUAAAUUGUUGCCAGCAGCACAGUUAGUCACCAACGCUCUAGACAACAUGACAACCGCCUAACCACCUCUGCUAGGGCUAGUAAAAUUGUCAGUGAGGUGUUCUCUCAUUUGUGUCUGGAAGUAACUUAGCUAGCAAGUUAGCCAACUUUAGCCAGUUGACUACCGUUGUGAGGUCAGAACGCUCGGAUCAACCCUACUCCUAGGCCAGAGCGUCCAGUGUGCGCUCUGAAUGUACAAACGCCUAGAGUGCACUCUGGCACUCCAGAGUGAAUUUAAGAACACACUAUGUCAUGUUCAUUAUCUACUUCUCUUCACAGUCAUUGUCAAGGCAACCAAUGGACCUCGCUAUGUUGUUGGCUGCCGCAGACAAGUAGGUCUUAAACCAUGAUGUUACCAACGUUUCAUCAGUGUUUAUUUACUUUCAGUGUCAUCUCUCCAUUAUUGUAAUUGAGCUAAUCUGUCUCUGUCAUUUUCACACAGCUGGAUAAAUCACAGCUCAAACCAGGCACUAGAGUGGCCCUGGACAUGACCACCCUCACAAUUAUGAGGUAGGCACUAGGGAUGCAAAUUUCGGUAAAUUUAGCUGUCGCUAACCGACCCUCAUUAACCGGUCAAUGAAUGGUUACAUUUUUUCCAAACAGUAAAAUGAAGUGUCCAACAGAAAAUACUAUGCAUGCAUAAAAGGAACUGACAUUUUUCAUUAAGAGCUUAGUGGAAACAUGUAACAAUAGCAAGCCUAUCCUCUUAGUCAAAAUGCCUUUUAUUGAACAUGCAACUCCUGUAAUUAAGCAGCUAAUAAAAUGUCAUUUUCAAAUAUUUGCUAAAAUGCAAUUUGUGGGAAACCACCGUUCUAAACAACGCACCUAAUGAGAGCGAUUCCAUAUGUGACAGAGAUGAAAGAUGGGGCAUCUAUUAGCAACAACUAGGAUGGGUUGCUAAUAUGACUAGGAUUGUGCCUUUGGCUUCUGGACGAAAGAAAGUUUAUAUGAAAAGCAAUAGAACAGGAAAUAAAUGCUGGUUAAUGGCAUGAGGAAGUCUUUUUAAAAUAAUUGCCUCUGUUUCUAUGGCUAGGCUACUUUGAAGCAAGGUAAGACAUACCUCCAUUAUUUGAAGUAAAGUAAAACGUUCAGUUUUCAAACAAUUAUACUGCCCAAGCUCACAUUGCAAAGUGGUAGGUGACGUGCUGAUAGCCUGCCUACCGGUGACUAGCCUAUUCGUGACUAUAGACUAUAGCCUAUUCGCGCCUAUGUUUGAAUGACGAAUGGGAGGCGCGCUUUGAUUACGAGUUGAGAUUGAGAAAUUAAAAUAAUAGCUCUUUAAUCGUGGCUAUCAAAACAGUUUAACACGUGAUUGCAUUUAGAAUUGUUAUAUGUUGUGCAAUGUCUGGGCUUACAAAAGCACGUUUCACUCAAGUACCAGCUUUUUGAGGAGCUGCUCUUGCGUUGUCUGACAGGUGAUAGGCUAUUCCGCUCCUCAAACUAGGCUCUGUAUGCUGUGCGUGUGUGAUUUAAUAAGAUGCAUGAUGACUAACAAAAAUACACACGCCAAUUUAAUUCCACUAAAUUAUGCACAUUAACCUAUAGACAGAUAAGCAUGACUGGUGAAAUGUAUUUUAGACGGUUAACCGUUAACAUCACUAAUUGAUACUGCACCAUACACAAUAGGGCUGCAAUAUAUUGGCAAAAAAUGUAAUUGCGAUUUAAUUUUUUAACCAAAUAUUGCGAUUUGACAUGCGAUUAUAGAUCAAAACACUUGGGUGAACUAUUGAAAUAGAAUGAUUUUAUAUUAAGAAGCAAAGUGGAAAGCAGCUUUGUGUUGACUGCAUUUGACCUAACAGAACAGCAUGCAAACUUAUAGUGAAUCUAACAGCGAGGAGGAGGAACUGCGCUGCUUGAGUGACAGGGGACGGGGCUUGGUGUGUGUGGGAACCAGCCACAAGAGAUGAGAGGGAGAGAGACGACAAAUGGAAUAAACCAUAACUGACAUUACAUGCGGCUUAUUGGCGUUUCAAAAUAUUGCAGCCCUAAAUGUUUUCCCUGAUGGCAGAUAACAUGUACUCUCACUCACCCUACAGGUAUCUGCCCAGAGAGGUCGACCCCCUGGUGUACAACAUGUCCCAUGAAGACCCUGGCAGUAUCUCCUACUCAGAGAUCGGGGGCUUGGCCGAGCAGAUCCGUGAACUGAGAGAGGUACAUAUCACAUCCUACAGUACAGUUAUGAUCAAGUGUUUCCUGAGACAGUCAGGUGUUAUAUAUGACACUCCCCUAUGUUCCCUGUCAGGUGAUUGAGCUGCCCCUGACCAACCCUGAGCUUUUCCUGAGGGUGGGGAUUAUCCCUCCAAAGGGCUGCCUGCUCUACGGACCUCCAGGUGAGUCACUGGCAAGAUUUCCAUGUAGACUCUUAAGUUGUUCCUUGAUUCCUCAUGUCCUGGAUUCCUUGACCUACAUCUCAAAACACAUUGGAUGAAAAGAUCUGAGGUCCCUCCCCUCAGACCUUCUCCUCCAAUGCGUCUUGAGAAGGAGGUUGAGGAGUAAAGGAUGAAGCGAACCAAGGAAAGACUUUUGAGAUUCACCCUGAGUAAUGCGAUUUAAGAUGUCACUCGGGUCCUGAGGGUUUAUUCAUCGAUUUCCUUUAUGCACUUGUCUUUUCAUUAGGCACCGGAAAGACUCUUCUGGCCAGAGCUGUAGCCAGUCAGAUGGACUGUAACUUCCUCAAGGUGAGUAGUAGGCUACACUUUGUUUUCCUCCACUGGCCCUUCGGGCUCUAUUCACUGUUCUUUGAACAACAUGGCUGAGGCUUAGUGUGUCCCGACUUCUUCGCACUGGCUGCGGCAGGUUGUGUCCAGCUCCAUUGUGGAUAAGUACAUUGGAGAGAGCGCCAGGCUCAUCAGGGAGAUGUUCAACUACGCCAGGGACCACCAGCCUUGCAUCAUCUUUAUGGACGAGAUCGAUGCCAUCGGUGAGCAUCCUCACCUGUAGCCUGGUCCCAGAUCAGUUUGAGCUGUAUAGCCAACUGCUGUGGUUGUUGUCAACCAUAGGAGUUGGCUAUACAGCAAAAGCAGAUCUGGGUCCAGGCUAAACAUCCUGAGCCCUGAUGCAAUAUCUAUUCCUUCUCCCUUUGCUUAGCAUUGCGUGCAGUGUCUGGGAAUGUUGAAUGUGUUGUAAGUGAAAUACUAAUUUUUUUCUCUACAAGGUGGCCGAAGGUUCUCAGAGGGCACGUCAGCUGACAGAGAGAUCCAGAGGACCCUGAUGGAGGUAAAAUGAGCAGCCAUAACUCUUAGAUAUAUGUUACAUAGAAUGGAUAUUGUUCAACAGACGUUGCUUUAUAUGAGAAUGAUGGUUCUAUAAAACAUAUUUCUUUGGGGAAAGACUGUUCUGUGGCUUGGUCAGUACACUAUACCUUGUGGGGAUGUUGAAGAUGGGCAUAGAACUCAAUGACGUGUUGUUUGCAGCCAGCUUGACUGGCAUUUCAAUACGCACUGAAGGGUCUUACUGAAAGAUGUUUAAAGUUAUUCGGAUCCACAGCAGAUCAUUCUCAUCAUGAGUUUGCUUCUCACCUACUUAUCUUUUGUGUGUUUUGCGCACUCAGCUGCUGAACCAAAUGGACGGCUUUGACACCCUGCACAGAGUCAAGAUGAUCAUGGCCACCAACCGGCCUGACACCCUGGACCCCGCGCUGCUGCGUCCCGGCAGACUGGACCGCAAGAUACGUACGUUGUUCUUCCUCUCAUCAUCAUCAUCCUGUCUUCUUCAUACUUAAUCAAUCCUCUUAAUGUAAUAUAAUGAUGUAUGCCAUUUAGCAGUCGCUUUUAUCCUAAGUGACUUAGUCAUGUGUGCAUAAAUUUUUUGCCUAUGGGUGGCCCCGGGACUCGAACCCACAAACCUGAUGUUGCUAGUGCCAUGCUCUACCAACUGAGCCAUGCAGGACCUUAUCCCCUUUGGGACAUAAGGCCACAAUGAUCUCCUUCCAGUUCUUUCUCCAUCAUAACCAAGUAGAAAGAAAUGUAAAUGUCUAUGGUAUGAAAUGAUGAGUGACCCAUGGUUAUUUCUACUGUUCCAACAGACAUUGAGCUGCCCAAUGAACAGGCCCGCUUGGACAUCCUGAAGAUCCACUCUGGCCCCAUCACCAAACAUGGAGAAAUAGGUGUGUGUGCACGUGCUCACUCACUAUGGAGACACUGUGGUCUUGAUUUUAGCACAGCUGGGACUGGGACACAUUUGGGUGCGAUCAUGUUUUAUAAUUUUUAUACUGCUUCUUGUAACAGGUGUUGUUGCUCUGUCUUUUUAGAUUACGAAGCAAUCGUGAAGCUUUCAGACGGUUUCAACGGAGCCGAUUUGCGAAACGUGUGCACUGAAGCAGGUAACAGUAUGAAAAAUGUAUCCACUCACUAACUGUAAGUCGCUCUGGAUAAGAGCGUCUGCUAAAUGACUAAAAUGUAAUGUAACUGACCAACAUUAUGGGCUGCUUUCCCGGCUACAGUCCUGGACUGAAAAGCCAUUUUAAUGAAGAUUCUCCAUUGAGUAUGCUUUUUAUUCUAGGACUAGGCUUAAUCUGUGUCCGUGAAAUCUAUCUGAGCAUAGCUGUUAUUGUCCUGAACCCAACCUGUUGUUCAUGCACUGUCUCAUCUCUUUCCAUCUUCCAGGUAUGUUUGCGAUCCGUACUGAUCACGAGUACGUCACUCAAGAGGAUUUCAUGAAGGCAGUUCGCAAGGUGGCCGAUUCGAAGAAGCUUGAAUCCAAGCUGGACUACAAGCCUAUAUAA